GAAACAGGAUGUUGUUAGAGGAGAGUUAAUGGCCCCCAAAUAACAAUAUUUUGGGAAAUUUGUACAUAACUUCAGUGAUUGAUUUCUACUGUACAUGUCAGCACUGCUAACAUUGUCAUAUUUCUUCUAGGAGAAGGCUAUGGCUAUCUCCUGGAGGAAACUUCAAACUGAAGCACAGGUGUCUGUGACUGCACAGGGGUUCUUUUAGCAGCUUUUCUCCGGCUGAGCUUGACACAAGAGCUGUAACUGUUGUGACACCCACAGUGGAGAGGGUUAUUAACAUCCUGCAGCAAGUCAUCACUUCAGCCUAAAGGUUUGUGGAAGAAAUAAACUCUACACAAAAACUGAAUGUAAUUAAGUCCUUUAGGACCCUGAUGAGUGAUACAGAGGGAGAAGUAGAAGAUGGUGAAUUUCACAGAGAAUGCGACUGACAAGUGCAACAUUAAUCAUGAUAUCCAUGAGGCAUUAUCCCCUGUGGUGUACAUAUUUGUGUUUAUAUUAGGCUUGCCAGCUAACUGCCUGUCACUGUACUAUGGGUAUUUACAGAUCAAAGCUAAAAACGAAUUGGGUAUCUACCUUUGCAAUUUGACUAUAGCAGACCUGCUGUACAUAUUUUCUUUACCUUUUUGGCUUCAGUAUGCUUUACAGCAUGACAACUGGACCUAUGACGAGCUGCUGUGCAARAUUUGUGGCAUCAUCCUGUAUGAGAAUAUCUACAUCAGUGUGGGCUUUCUGUGCUGCAUCUCCCUGGACCGCUACCUGGCCGUAGUGCACCCUUUUCGCUUUCAGCAGUUUCGGACCAUGAAGGCUGCUGCCAUCGUGAGCAUUGUUAUUUGGGCCAAAGAAAUAAUGACCUGCUGCUUUAUCUUUACACACGGGGAGAUCAGUAUGGAUGCUGAGAGCCACUUGGUGUGCUUUGAGCACUAUCCCAUCAAGAAAUGGGAGCACCAUGUCAAUUAUUACCGCUUCUCUGCUGGCUUCCUUUUCCCCCUCUUUCUGCUGGCCUUCUCCUACUGUGGGAUUCUACGAGUUGUCCACAAGAGUCCUGGCACUCAAAAGAAGAAGAAAAUACAAAUUAAAACACUGGUUUCAAGCACUGUUUUCAUAUUUUUAGUUUGCUUUGGACCAUAUCACAUCCUACUUGUAAUUCGUAGCUUAUUGGAAAACAACUGCUCAUUUGCUGAGAAAAUAUUUAAUGUUUAUCAUAUUUCUCUCCUGUUAACUACUUUUAACUGUGUUGCUGACCCAAUAUUGUACUGUUUUUCCAGUGAAAGCACUUACCAGAAUUUUGUCAAGAUGAGAGACUCUUGUCUAACAUGUUUAGGGCGUCUGAGUCCUGAGACAAAGGAAUCCUAUCCACUGAAUGCUACGGAAACUCCCAACAGAACACAGCAUGAGCAACAGCCGGGGUUAUUACAAAUGCCAUUUGAUGGUGCUGGAAUGAAGGACUGCUCCACAACUAAUGCAGACAGUCUAUAGCAUCAGUCAAAAAAGGACAUUAAUCUUAAAUCUGCAGCUAUGGCCRUGUUUGUGUAUCUGUCUGAAUUUUCAUGUAUUACAACAGUGUGACAUCCCAAAGGCUUAUGAGCAAUGCUGUACAGUGAAGUUGUUUCCUGAGAUGCUUGGACCCUGGCAAUAGUGAGGAAAGAAUGCACUAAGACAGUUCAGUUAUAAUCAUGUAUCUGUUGUUGUGCUACCACUUAAAACCACUGUUGUCUUGAUGACUGCAUUGACUGUAAUAAGUCACUAUUCAUGAUGUGUAGUUGUGGUGAAUUCAUCUUUAACUGCUGUUUGCCUCUGUAGCAUCUAGAGAAAAUAAUUCUCUACAACCAUCAUGUAUUGAAAAAGUCAGAGAUAGAAAAAAUAUAUAUACUUUUAAAUA